UCUUUACUCCAGCAGAACCUUCAUAGAUUGAGCAGCAGAGCCAUGGCAAUGGAGAGAGGCUACGCUAACUGGUCACUGAUCCUGUUGCUGUGUGGCCUGCUGCCCAUAGCCACACAGGCUGGCAGGCAGAUGCCUAAACUUUCUGACAAGAAGCUGUGCGCUGAUGCAGAAUGCAGCCAUCCAAUCCUCAUUGCCAGAGCCCUUCAGGAUUAUUAUCCACAGGAUUGCCGCUUCAUUCCCAUUCGCCAAGGCCAACUCGUCUAUGUGUAUGCCAUGCUGAAGGACCGGGGGAACCUAUACUGGGCAGGCAGUGUGCAAGGCACAUACUACAGUGAGCAAGAGGCUCGUCUAGGCCAUUUUCCCAGCAGCAUUGUUGAGGAGACCCAUGCUCUAAUGCCGGCUGAAGUGUUGGUGAAAACUGAUAAAUGGGAUUUCUACUGCCCCUGAGACUCUGAGACUUUGAAGAUUUCAUUCAUGAAAGUGAACAUGUCUGCAUUCUUCUCUUGCACUUUACAAGCUCUGCUGUAGGUUGUCUUUCAGUCACAUUGGCUAGUUAGGCUUUGAAACAGCUAAAAGUCAAAUACCAGCUUUACAUUGAGUGAAAACUCAUUUACUCAAACAAACCAAAAGAAUGAAAACAUUAUAAAUCAGAUCUAACAGCUUAGCAAAAGAUAGUGGUUAAUACUGUUUAGUCUGCAAUAAACAUAAGCUGCUAUAAAAAAAAAAUCU